UGGAACUAGUGACAAAUGGCAGCUAAUUUAUUUGCUUUGUUUUUAGUUGACAAGAGCGGAGACGUCUGCAUUUCUAUUUUGCACGAACCUGGUGAGGACAAGUACGGCUAUGAGAAACCAGAGGAGCGCUGGCUGCCCAUCCACACCGUGGAAACCAUCAUGAUUAGUGUUAUCUCUAUGCUGGCAGACCCAAACGGGGACUCGCCUGCCAACGUGGAUGCUGCAAAAGAGUGGAGGGAAGACAGACACGGAGCAUUCAAAAGGAAAGUUGCCCGCUGUGUACGAAAGAGCCAGGAGACGGCGUUCGAGUGAUAUUUAUCCAGGAUCUAGCUUCUUUUCUGUUUUCAGGGCUUUUUUUUUUUUUUCUUCUGAAGGUCUCCAAUACGAAAUCCAAGAUGGCACUGUUUCCUGCACUCUUCCACCCUGUCGCCAGCCUCGUCCUCCUCCAUUUAGGCUGGAACAGACUGGCCACUAUGGGCUGCAAUAUAACAUUAAUGUGACUACCAAGGCUGACAGAAAAAUCGCCAAGCAAGUGCCAACACACACACAAUAAAGAGAAAACAUGCACCCAGAAGAUGUUUAAACAUUUUUCAAGUUUCUGAACUGCUUCAACAUUCAGGAGGAUAUUGUAAAGACAUGUAUAUAGCACAGACUAAACCGGAUAAUAUAUAUGCUCCCUUUUCAUCCAUCAAGACAUUUAGACCAAAUAUUUAGUGCUGGUAUGGACAGAUUUAUUUUUGUCUUCUCUCAACUCCAGCAUGCGAUAGAUGUCAUUAGGCUGUUUUCACAGGAGGUCUUAAUCAUUUUGCUGCCGGAGGAACAUCAUCUGUGAAGAGGCCGUCUGAGCGACUCACCUGAGGAUUAACCCCAGAAUAUAUUGGAAUGGAUUUUAUAAUCUCCCAGAUCUCACCUCAUCAUAUCUAAACCUGGACUUUUUUUUUCGCCUCUUAGUCUUACCAUAUUUUAAUUUGGCUCAAUCAAACCUGUCUUUUUUGUGCAUGCUGUUACCUUUUUUUUUUUUUUUUUUUUUUUUUUUUUUUUUUUUUUCAAAAGUGCCUCCUAAUAAAUUUCUUGGCCACUCCCCCCUGUAUUUACUAAGUGUUCAAAGUAUUUGGAGAAAUUGUCAUACAGUAUGCCCUGCGAUGGACUGGCGACCUAUCCAGGGUGUACCCCGCCUCUCGCCCAUUGACUACUGGAAAUAGGCACCAGCACCCCUCGCGACCCCAACUGGGUCAAGCGUGUCAGAUAAUGGAUGGAUGGUCAUACAGUAUGAGUUAAUUUAAUAGCCGGUACAUCGGGAAUCUAUAAUUAGGGUAUUUGUAACAGUUUUUGGUAGUAAUAACCCUCCUAGCAAAGAUUGUAUCUGCUCAUUUGUAUUUGCUGAUACAAUUUGAGGUCCUACUAGUUAAUUUUACCAGCGAUUUGUUCCCUUUACUGUGUUCAUAGGAGCCGUUAUGCAUGCUUUCUUUUCUUUUCUCCUUUGGAUGUUUUUGGUGUUUUUUUUGUUUUUGUUUUUUUUUUUCUUUUGAAAGUGUUGGAGUGUUUCCACUCGGUGUUUAGGUGUGGCCAUUUUGUUUUGGCGUCCUUUGCCCUUAUUCACAAGGAAUAUGCUAAUUCUACCCUCUGAUCUAGCGCAGUUAUGCUCAGUGUACAAAACAGAAUGCUGAUGUAUAUUUUUCUUCUGAUGAAACCCCUCACCUGUAGUGAGUUCUUCUGAAACAUGACCUUUCUUUUUUCAAUAAGCCUGGGUAGUUCGGCUUUGUUUUUUCCCAAACGUCAUGCAAAUGCAGCUGUGGAAAUAUGGAGUGACUUCCAUUAUUGUUCCAAGCAAAAUAACAUGUUUUAUUAAAAAAAAAAAUCUAGAAAUUGAAAUUGAAAUAUUCUUAAUAAAACAAAGUUUAGAAUAACCUUGCUUUUUCUCAGGUUUUAUUGAUCAAAAACAACAUUUUUGGA